UUAAGCUAGAGUGAGUUUGGUAGUUAGCUUCAGUGUUGUUAGCACCGGUUAGACAUGGCAGCGAACAUUCCCCUUCCCGCCGUUAUGAAGCUCAGCGGGGAUUGGAGCACGAACUGGGAUACGUUUAGAGGUGAAUGGGAGGACUAUGCGCUAGCAACGGGACUUCUGGAAAAGGAAGAUGAGGUAGUGGCUGCCACUUUGAGGACUAUAAUGGGAACUGAAUGCCGACACGUAUACAAACACAACCUGAACCUAACAGCAGCUCAGCAAGGUAACGCUAUAGCUAUUCUUGAUGCUCUUGAACAUUACUUUACGCCAGCAAAGAACGUCAUCUACGAGCGUUAUGUUUUCGGUUGUUGCAAACAGGAGGACGGGGAGUCCAUUGACAGCUUUGUCACUAGGUUAAGGGAAAAGGCAGCUACAUGUGACUAUGGUGCUUUAAGAGAUGAACUGAUCAGAGAUACGAUUGUGCUUGGCAUAACUGAUGAGGGUACCCGCAGACGUUUGCUGAGAGAACGUGACCUGACGCUGGUCUUGGCAGUGGAGACAUGCCGUGCAGCAGAGCUUACUGAUAUACGGAUAAGGUCCAUGGAGCUAGAAAGGCAACAUACGGACAAUGUCAAUGCUACAUUCAGGCAGCCAGUAAAGAAAUUCCCCUUUACCACAGCUAAUGCUAAUACUACAGCCAACUCUGCAGUAGACAACCCCAAUACAUGCCGAUAUUGUGGCAUUUCUCAUGGACGAGGAAAAGAACACUGCCCAGCCUCUGGAAAAAUAUGCAAAUCCUGUGGUACAGCUAAUCACUUCGCAAGGGUCUGCAUGAAAAGCAAGAGAAAGGAGGGUAAAGUGCACUCCAUGGGAACAAACACAGAUGAAGGGAACGGCAGCACAGAGGAUAUAUAUGUUAGCGAGUGCAUAGGGGCAGUGAGGGCAAAAGGACAAAAGUGGUUUGUCACUCUGCUACUUAAUAAUAAACCACAGCAAUGCCAGCUAGAUUCAGGGGCCUCAUGCAACGUUAUGAGCCUUAAAGACAAAAGGAGGCUCGCGCCCAGAGACAAACUCACACAGAGUAGCACCAAGCUGAAACUGUAUUCAGGCCAGUUCAUGACCUCUUUAGGCCUGUUUGUGACAGAGUGUGUUUUACGUGGCCAGAAAUACACCCUUGAGUUUGAAAUAGUUGAGGGCCAGCCUGUGGCAUUCGCCUCUAGGGAUGUGUUGUCAUUGAAUAUCAAGUGA